AGUAGCUGUUUCCGGAAACAUGGAGGCUGUUGUGAGUGAAGUCGUGGCUCCAGAGGAUCUUUUGAAAUUUGAGAAGAAGUAUAACGCGGAGAUGGUUAAGGGGAGCGUUUCCAAGGAGACAAAGUUCGAGUACGCUUGGUGCCUGAUCCGGAGCAAGUACUCGGAUGAUAUCAAGAAAGGCGUGGUGCUGCUGGAAGAUCUUGCACAGAAGGGAACAAAAGAUGACCAGAGAGACUACUUGUUCUACCUUUCUGUGGCAAACUACAGACUAAAGGAUUAUGAGAAAGGCCUGAAGUACAUCCGCACUCUGCUGAGGAACGAGCCCGGCAACUCGCAGGCCCUGGAGCUGGAGAAGCUCAUCGACAAGGCACUGAAGAAAGAUGGCUUGGUUGGCAUGGCGAUCGUCGGGGGAAUCGGCCUGGGUGUGGCUGGAUUGGCAGGUCUCAUCGGUUUGGCUGUGGCUAAGUCCAAAUCCUAAUAAGGAGCGGGGAGGACUCCAGCUUUGUUAACCCCUCCCUCCAACAGAAGACCGUCACGCCUCCCUGAAACUUUGUUCCAUUUGCAGAUUCCGGGCUGGACCAGGGCCAGUUCAUACAAGACCAGCUCAACACAGUUAGAAUCCAUUCAAUAAUCAGCUCUUUUCAAGCAAGGCAUACCCCGCAUACACACCCACAUUAUAAUAGUCAGAGGUUGACAAAGAAAAAGGGACUUGUAUUUAGACUAAGCUUCCUACAUCCAAGUGGCCUUUGUUUUGAAGUUUGGUGCAGGGAUAGGGCGAUUACUAUCCAGCCUUUUUUCCUGUUUCCAUGAAAGUUACACUCAUUUCAGAUCUCUUGGUGCAUUUGCUGCCACCUGGUUUUACAUCCUUUUUUCAGUUAACCACGUUGUUCAAACGCUUAUGGAUGUAAAAAAAUAAAAAAAAUCCAGUCAUCUUGA